GAUAGCAUCGCGACCACAUUCUCCCUCCAAAUACCAUGAGGGCAAUACCAUGGAGCGCCAGCGCGGUCCCAGCAAGAGAGCGUGCAUUGUUUUGCGCUGCUGCGGAAGGGAAUGCGGGGAUUAGACUGGGAUCAGGAUGCUUAUCCAUCUCUUCUUCCUCGAUAUCAUAUCUCGACCAAACGUGAAAAAAGAAACUAGAGUAUAUAAAACAGAGGUUUGAAGCGAGACGAGUGUGUAUAUAUGAAGCACGACGGGCGCGUAUAUACCAAGCGAAGCGAAGAUGCCAUUUCUACAGUUCGCAUAGGAAAUAAGGUUUGUGCAGAUGCAGAGUUCGGUAGAAGUGGUUUCGUGGCCCUGUUCGGAUUUUGGCUGUUUCGCUUCGACCACAAGGCUGGGUUGAGCCAAUUUGAGACAGGGCCGCAUUGGAGAAGGGUUAAUGCCAAUAGGGAGAUUCACGUACGAACAGGGAUUGUGGGGAUCUUGGACGUCGUGGUAGCGGGGCUUCAGCCGGAUCUUGGAGUCGAAUCUCGGGAUCAGGCUUACUGUGGGGAUGCACUUGUUGUAGCAAGCAUGAAUACAUCCAACGGCGCUAUUAGAGAAGAAGGUAAACUCCCCGUUCCUUCAAUGCUAUCGCCAAGUUCUCCUGUGUCGGUUCUACCACUUUCAUCUCCAUGUCCUAAUGCUUCUGGAUGUGUUUCGACACGUCGACGAGAUUGUAGAUGAGACUUUCUUUGGCAAAUUCAAGCUUCAGGCUAAAAGCGCAUGUGCGUAAUAUGUGCCACGCAUGGACGCACGGACAUAUGCUUGUACGUGUCGUUAGGGCAUAAUACCGUUGUAAUUGCGCAUGGUGUUUACGUAUUGCGAAGGGAAAGCCGCAUGGCUGCCAGCG